GACCAAGCUUAUGACAAUAGCCAACAGUAAGUUCUCCAGAAGUGUUCUGAUUUCUGUGUAGCAAUCCAAACGUGGACAUGAAAGUUCAAUUGUGUCUUGCAGUCCUUCUGAACGUAGUGAUUCACCACGCUUCCACAAGCUCCCCGUGUUUUCCGGAAAACGGACCUGAAGAUGCCGAAUAUCACCCUCAUCCUACCGAUUGCAGUAAAUUCUUCACCUGCAAUUGGGGUGCAGUAAUUGAACAGCAAUGUCCCCCCGGAACCUACUGGAACGAUGCCAUCAAAGCUUGCGAUUUCGAAGCAAAUGUCAACUGUGAACUGCAACCUGCUUCAUCGACUCCGUCCUCAAGUUCCACAGCGGCUGCCGUUUCCGUUGCUGGAAAGUGUCCCGAGGAGUACGAUCCAAGUCACGAAAUCUUUCUUCCCCAUGUCGAUUGCUCCAAGUUUUACAUCUGUACCCAGCACGGUGCUGUAGAGCAGAGCUGCCCAUCCGGGCUGCACUGGAAUCAGAAUGCGAACGUUUGCGAUUGGCCUCAGGCUGCAGGUUGCACAGCCGGGACUAUCAAUCCACUAACGACAACUACGGAGCUACCUCCGGCCAUCAGUACGACCAGUGCAGCUCCCUCGACCCCGGUUGGAAAGUGCCCCGAAGUGUACGAUCCCAACGAUGAAGUUUUCCUUCCGCAUGCGGAUUGCACCAAGUACUAUCUCUGCACCUGGAAUGGCCGACCAGAGGAGCAGAGCUGUCCACCCGGUCUGCAUUGGAACGCUAGCGCCAAUCAGUGUGACUGGCCAGCGCUGGCAGGAUGUCAUGGUACAUAUCUCGCUGUGAAGGGUAGCGAGUUAACACCACUGGUACUGAACUGGGAAGAAUUUUUAAGCUCAAUGCGUCAUCGGCUCAAGUGAUGUGAGCUGUGUGAGUAUUUUCGAGUACCCUCAAGUGGAAUGAUCGUGUGAUUGUGGUAGAUUGUGGAUGUUUUUUUUUUAAUUAAAUGGAGUUGAAUAAUAAUUGUGACUAGUAAGUAAAACAAAAUUGUGUUUUAACGUAAUUACUGAAAUGAUGAUAAUUCAAUGGUAAUCAAGGUGGUACAAGAUCUCUUGAGAAUUGGCCCGAAUAACACUUCAGGAUUUCAGUUUAUCUGAGAACUACAGACUACAGUAGAUUAUUUGAAAACUUAUGUUAACAUUCCAUCGCAAUCACCAACUUUAAAUCAACUUUAAACUCCUUAACAUACGCAACAUAGCUAAUUUAUAUUUUUUAAACGAUCUGAACCAUGGUUGUAUUUGCCACUCUACAGUUGCUUUGAUUACAUCGAACCUCUUAAAGAAUCCCAUGUGAAGAGCUUGUGAAGUAGGAUUAGCGAUUUUCUGUAAAUUUUGUUAUGAUUGCUUCUCUUUUGACUGAUACGCGUAUCUCGUCCAAUGUGUAGACUUCCUGGUGGACUGGGUGGCUGGGUUCGAUACCUGGAGGUGCCACACAAUAUACCAAUGCAAAAAUGGUACCAGGCAUCGAAAGCUCUCUAUUGAGCACGUAAUAAGCUAAUAUGCGAUUAGCUUGAAAUGCGAAGAUGGACAAACUUAGAUGAGCAAAUUCUGUGGACUUCUAGUGCAAUUUCGGAAGACUAUUGGUACAGGCCAAUAAGAGCAGAUUUACGGGCUAUCCAUAAGCCACGUAGACUAUUUAAUGGGAGGGGAAAAUCUAAAAUAUCUUUAAAACUGUGUUCGUAGUUUAUGGACAGCCACUCAUCGCUCAAUUUCGAGGGCAGAUUUAGUAGACUUGCAAGUUAAUUCUGUCACCCUAUACAAAUCUAGAUGCUAUCUCGGGAUGGUCAAAAUAGGUCCAAACUUCUAGACAAGCAGAGUGAUGAAAAAUGGUGAGUGUUUUAAGGAAGAUCUUCAGGAUAAGUUACGAGAGUAUCCACUACAAAUGUAAAAAGUCAUCUAGGCAAAUUCAAUGAACCCCAGAAAAAAAACUUCAUGAUUCUUCAGGCUUCAGUGCUGUGGUUAUGGGUAGUCACGGGUAGGUGGUCGACGACUACUGCGCUCCUGGCAAACAACAUCUAGGAAAAAUUGAAAAUGUAUUGUUAAAUUUUAAAUUGCUUGCGCCCCUCGUAAAUAUGAUCAGAGAAAAAUGAGAAAAAAUGUAAAAUGCUGGCGCCCCUGCUAAACCUUUUCAGGUUAAAAUUGAUAAAAAUCUUUAAAUUAUAUACACGUUCAGAAAGACAUUUAAAA